CAUUGUUCCCCCAAACCUCCGCUGCCCUCCAGCUCGGUUUGGGGGGGACCCAGCCCUUUCCCAUUGUGUCCCGGCCCGGCCCCGCUCACCCGAGGGCUCCGAACCACGCACAGGGCCAGAAGAGGGACAGAGAAGGAGGAAGAGGAGGAGCAGGAGGAGGAAGAGCUGGAGCAGGCAGAGGAGGCACUACGUGCGCUCCCCGCUCUCUGGAUCUGCAGCUCCUUCGGGACCAUCGCCCCCCAUCCCGCAGCCGGAAGAAGGCGUGGGAUUCAUCCAAACAUUCUGGAAGCUGGAAGAGUACCAGGCCAUCAACCUUCCCAAAAAUCUGGAGCAGCUCAUCCGCAGUUCCACCUUUCCCCACUCCCCGGAUUCCCAGGUCUGAAAAUUCUUCUAUGACCUCCCAGGAUUUCCCAUUCUCAAAUCUUGGCCAGAUGGACAAGUAGGGUGCGAGGAAGAGGAAGAUGCUGCGGGACACCCAGGCAGACAAGGAGCUGAGGAUGGAGACCAGGGAGAACAAAUCCCCCCGGCAGAAGCUCAUGGAAGAGGCUGUUCUGAGCAGCUCCGCAGCACAGGAAUCCAAUGGGGAGGAAAAGCUUCAGAGGUCCUGCAGGAGGAGGGGCUCCAAACCCAGCCCAGGGUGCUCUGAGGAGGAAAGACCCACCCUGUGCCAGGAAGGCGGCCGGAGAUCCAGCUGGGGCUCUGAGCCGGUAGUCCAUGAGCAGCUUCAGGAUGGGGAGAAGCCCUACAAGUGCUUGGAGUGUGGGAAGAGCUUCAGCCAGAGCAACCGCCUGAUCCGCCACCAGGUGAUCCACACUGGGGAAUGAGCCUAUGAGUGUGGGGAAUGUGGGAAGGGCUUCAGCUGCAGCUCCGAACUCAUCAUCCACCAGCGCAGCCACACUGGGGAGAGGUCCUAUGAGUGUUCUGAGUGUGGGAAGAGCUUCAGCCACAGCUCCAGCCUGAUCUGCCACCAGAGGGCCCGCACCGGAGAACAGCCCUAUGAGUGUGGGGAGUGUGCAGUGACCUUCAGCCAGAGGUCCCAACUGAUCAUCCACCAGAUGAUUCACACUGGGGAGGGGCCCUACGAGUGUCCCAAGUGUGGGAAGAGGUUUCAGACCAGCUCAGAUCUCCUCGUGCACCAGCGGAUUCACACGGAUGAGAGGCCUUUCCGCUGUCCCAGCUGCUGGAAGGGCUUCAAGCAGAACUCCCAACUCAUCACCCAUUGGCACAUCCACACUGGGGAGAGGCCUUAUGAGUGUCCCCUGUGUGGGGAGAGCUUCAGCCAGAGCUCUCACUUGACCCAACACCAACAGAGGCAUCGGUAAGGGAAGCCCUGCAAGUGCCCCGAGUGCGGGAAGAGCUUCAUGCGCUGCUCCAGCUCCAUCCCCCAUCAGAGGACUCAUGUUGGGCAGAGCCCUGAUGACCCAGGUUCCCAGUGAUCUGUGUUGGGAAGACACUGGGCUGGUGGUCGUUUUAUUUUGGUUCUAUCUCUUGAUUCAUCUUCAUCCCUUUAAAACAGACAAAAUUGGCGUAGAAGUCUACAAAUUUGUCAAAGGCAUCUAAAGGUUCACUUUUUCUUAGUGCUUUAAGGGAAUCUGGGGAUUCAAAGAGAUACUUGGGAGGACUUGGGGAUUGUGGGGGUAUCUGUUGUAGUUUUCUUCAUUUCUUGUCACUCAAAGAGAUGAGAGGGUUCAAUCUGUCACCUCAAAACCACUCAAUGCCUCUGACUACUACUCAGUUCCACCCCAUAAUAACUCAAUUCCACAUCCUCUCAGGGUGUGAUGUCUCAAGUUUUAGCUUUCAUAUUUUUCAUGUUCUGCACUGCCUAGGUUUGUAGUUUUGGGCUUCACAUUAGGUGUUAGUGAGCUCUCUUCACAGAGUAGGUAGACAAAACAAUUCCUUUUCUAGCUUGAUACCAAGGACAAUUGUUACAAGUUCCAUGCCCAAAUGCAUAAACAAGGGUGGACUGAAGAGAGAAAACAAGGAUGGGACUUCCUCAUCUGAAGCUGUAAUUGGACAAUGAACCCAAAUAUGCAGAUGAACCUAAACUUAUAAAAAUGUGAGACCUUGUGAUCGCUUGUCCAUUUUGGUGACCAUUUCUGGUCCAUCUUGGGUGUAGCCCUGUCCAGGCUCUUGUAGUGCCCAUGGUGUAUUUCAAUUCUUUUAAUAAACUUUAUUCUUAACUCUC